AUGGGCAAAAAACGAAUAAUGAACGCUUUUAGGAGUACUAAGGAGUCUCCGUAUUUUAAGAGCAUCACUACCGCAAUCCAGCAGAAUUUCAUCUACGAUGAGGAACAGGCCGCCAAUUUGGCCGCACAGGUGCCUGAUGAUGCCCAGAUACUGCUCUAUAGAACCUACACCCGGUACAUGAACGGCGAAUUCGUCACCGACGUUUCAGGCUGUAUAUUUUGUCCCGGAGUGAUGAAUCGGAAAAACAAGCUCAUGAUGUCGCUGGUACACCGUUUGUCCAAGUCCAACGUCUCGUCUUCUACUGUUAACCAGAUAGAAACGGAAUUGGAGGACUCCUUGACACACCCAGACACUAAAGGCCUCGACUCCGAUACUGCCUCGACCGUGUCGUCUGGGUCACAAACUACUGACUCUUCUCCCGCCCACGAUACAAUCCGCGACCGCAUGCAGGGAAUUAUGGCCAGAACGAUCCCAAAGACUCCACUCAACAUCACUCUGUACUCGGAGGACCAAACGGACUCGCUGCUGGGUGCCAAUCUGUAUUCCGACAGCGUUGGUGCGUUCAAUAUUUCGGUGGCAUCAUCAUACAAGCCGUCUUUUAUCUCUGUAUCGUCUGUGGACAACCCAAACAUUACUCAGACACAGGAAGCCAAUGUGAUUGGGUCGAAGGGAGUGAGCGUCAUUACAGACAUAGAUGAUACGGUCAGAAUUACGGGUGUGUUGGGCGACAAGCGAGAAUUGUUCAGAAAUGUGUUUGCCAAGGAGUUUAGUGAAUGUGAGAUCCCGCGGGUUGCUAACUGGCUGCAACAGCUAAAAUCUAAAUAUCACUGUCCAAUCCAUUAUGUGUCGAACUCGCCAUGGCAGAUAUACAACAUAGUGUCUGGAUUCAUGGAUUAUGUCGGCUUGCCGGUCGACAGCAUUAGUCUGCGUCAGUAUUCAGGCAACCUGAUAGCAUCUUUUACAAUGCCCUCCGCAGAACGGAAAAAAGACUCGCUUAUCAAAUUAUUCAAGGACUUCCCUAAUAGAAAAUUCAUUUUGAUCGGGGACGCUGGAGAACAGGACGUGGAGGCUUAUGCACAACUGGUGAAGCUUUUCCCCACGCAGGUUCUUGCAGUCUAUAUUCGUGCUUUGAACGGUGCAUUUUCGUCCAACGGCGAUGACGUCAAGGUGUUGAAAGAACUGCAGAGCGUACUGGCUCUUCGAAAUCCCGCCACAGAUGCCAAAAAAAAGAAGUUUUCGCCGAUCCCGCCUCCAAAGCCAAAGGUGUUACAGGGAGAACCGUUAAGAUCGACAGACUCCUCCAAAGACCACAGAUCCUACAGAGAUACACUACGGUCCCCUAAACUCCAUCGGGAGUUCAUCAAGACUCAAAUAUCCAACACGCUCUCGCAUUCCGCAGACUAUAUACCCUUGGAUACACCACCGCUCCCCAAGCGCAGCUACAUGAGGAGUGACAACAGUCUCUCGAACACCAAGUCGCCGUCGCCGUCACCACCCCCAGUUCCGCGUCGCCCGACGGACUCUAUGCGCUACGCGCCACACUCGCCAACCAAAAGCUUCUCGAACUCGCAGCAGCAAGCAGAAAGCCCCUCGGAUGAGUACACUUUUGAUCGGAAAAAGGAACUGUGGAAAGAGCGCGUGUACCAUGUUGUGAGCGAGUAUCCGCCAGAGGUCGAUUUCCGGUUCUGGUGGGACGCCGCGGACGUGAUGGAUGCUUCGUUUAGCGCCAUCAAGAGAGCCAAAUAG